CGCGUGCCGGCGUUGCCGGGUGACGGCCGCCCCGGGCAAUGGCGGCGGGGCCGCCCCGCGAUUGGCCCCCGGCGAUAUAAAGUCGUAGGAAUAGCCGGCAAAGCUGUUUAGGACUGUGUUGAAAAUGCUGGGAGAGAAAAAGCCGUUAAUGGUGGCAAGAGACCUUUACACAGACCCCACUUUUCCGGCCAGUGAUACCUCUAUAUUUUUUGAUUAUUGUACCCCGCUUGCCCAAUUCAGAGGCGAGAUAUCUUGGUUGAGACCUAAGGACAUUUGUUCUUCUCCUCGGUUAUUUUCAAACAAUCUGCAGGAUGUGCCAGUAAAACAAGGAAUUUUGGGAGACUGUUGGUUCCUGUGUGCCUGUGUAGCUUUGCAGAAGAGCAAAUACUUGCUGGAAAAGGUAAUCCCUCCGGGUCAGCCCAGCUGGACAGAUGAGUCCUACCAAGGCUGCUUCACGUGCCGGGUCUGGCAGUUUGGCCACUGGGUCGAAGUGACCAUUGACGAUCGCCUGCCGUGCCUUGGGGGCAAACUCUGCUUUUCCCAGUGUCAGAAAGAGGAUUUGUUUUGGCUUCCACUACUGGAAAAAGCUUAUGCAAAAGUGCAUGGAUCUUAUGAGCAGUUGUGGGCGGGACAGGUGGCAGAUGCUUUGGUUGAUCUGACUGGAGGAAUCGCUGAAAGAUGGACCCUGAAAGGCCCUGGAAAAAGUGUGGAGAAAGAGAAGACUGGUAUGGUUUUGGAGAAAGCAGUGUUUAGGAGACUAAUGAAUCUGAAGGAACAGUGUGUAAUAAGCUGUUCAGUCCUCAACUCCAGACAAGGUGCAAGUGAACUAGGAGAAUUUCAUGCCUUUAUUGUGAUAGACACAUUGAAUCUCUCUGAAGUGUCAGGCAAGGAAAUCUUCCUACUACGAAUACGAAAUCCUUGGGGGAGACGGUGCUGGAAAGGGCCUUGGUGUGAGGGUGGUCCAGGAUGGAACCAGCUAGACCCAGUAGUUGCUUCAGAACUCCUCUCACAGAUCCAAGAGGGAGAAUUCUGGGUUGAUGAAGAGGAAUUUUUCAGGGAAUUUGAUGAGAUUACUGUGGGCUUUCCAGUCAAUGAGGAAGGACAACUUCAGAGCCUCUAUACAGAGAAAGUGCUGUAUCACUCACAGAAUCUCUUUGGAUCCUGGGUGAGAGGCCAGUCUGCAGGUGGCUGCCGCAACAACAGCAGCUUCCCUACCAACCCCAAGUUCUGGCUGAGGGUCUGUGAAUCAAGUGAGGUGUGCAUUGCUCUGCUGCAGAAAUGCAGGAAAUACAGCACUGACUGGGCUGGAAGGAUUCAAAAUCCAUCUUUGACUGAGGGCAUUCAGGGAAAGAAUUACCAGGCUGUGGGAUUGCAUGUCUGGAAGGUGGAGAAGAAACGAUUUAACCUUCCAAAGACCCUCUCUGCUCCUCCAGUUGUAGGUACAGUCUGCCAUUCCUACGAUAGAGAAGUCCACGUGUGCUGUGACCUUUCACCUGGCUUUUAUCUUGUUGUUCCCAGCACUUUUCUGAAAGAUGCAGUAGGGAAUUUCUUGCUUCGUGUAUUUUCAACGGGAAGGAUCUCUCUCAGUGAACUAAAGCCACCACCCAUGGAUUCUGCGCUCUGUGAAGAACUCCCGGCUGGUGAAUGGGAGACAGUGCAGCUGCAUGGAUGCUGGAAGAAUGGGCUAAAUGCUGGAGGUAGCAGGAACUUCCCCUCCUUCCAUACCAACCCCUGCUUUCCCCUCUCCAUUCCUGCAGGACCGGGGAAAAGCAAUGUGAAAGUCACCCUCCGUCAGCACUGCCUGGAUAGCAAGUGUUGUCCAAUAGGUUUCCAUAUUUUCCAGGUGCCUAACAGCAGCUGGAAACCACAAACUACUUCUUUUCUACACUUGGAGCCACUGGUGAGCUGUGUUCCUCACUGCUACUCCCAGGAAGUCAGCCGACUUUGCAGACUUCCUGCAGGAAGUUAUGUCAUUAUACCUUCUACAUACUUGCCCAACACAGAAGGCAAUUUUACAGUGGUCAUAGCAACCAAAAUAGACAGGAAGCGCAUUCACAGCCACGAGACACUUGGACAAGUAUUACAAGAGGUUUCCUUUACAACUGUGAUGAAAAAGUAGCAUGGAAUUCUCACACCGUUAUUUCAAGAAACAUCGGGAAGCUGAGGAAUGCCUCACCUCUUGCACUUCUCAGUUUUAAAUGGAAUAACAAGAUGAUGUUCUUAGCCCGUU